CAUUCUUCAAUUGACCAGUAUGUUCACGUCCCGAUCCAUUUCCAAGAGCUUUGUCUCGGUGGCCCAGCGCGAAGGUGUCGGCGCGACCGUGCGCCGGUCCAUUGGUCACCCGAUGCUGCGCCGCCUCGACCCGUUCUUGAUGCUCGACGAGUUCCACGUGCAGCUCCCCGGCGGGUUUCCCGACCACCCGCACCGCGGCUUUAUGACCAUCACGUAUCUCUUGCCGCACUCGCCCGGCACGAUGCUUCACGAGGACUUUUGCGGCCACCGCGGCGAGCUCGCGCCUGGUGACCUCCAGUGGAUGUGCCCAGGCCGCGGCAUCGUCCACUCGGAGAUGCCUGCGAGCCGCAACAAGCCCGCGAUUGGGCUCCAGCUCUGGCUCAAUUUGCCCAAGUCGCUCAAGAUGACCGAGCCCAAGUACCAGGAGAUUCCGGCCAAGGGUCUCCCGCGCGCCAAGAAAGGCAACGUCGAGGCGAUCGUGAUCGCAGGCCAAGCCAUGGGCGAGACCGCCAGUGUCUUUACCAACGUCCCGAUCACGUACGUGCAUUUCAUCUUCUCAGGCGCCGCGUCGCACUCGCAUGCGCUGCCGAAAGACCACAAUGCGUUCGUAUACGUCAUCUCGGGCGAGGGCUUCAUCGGUGGCACGCGCGUCGAGCCGCACUCGGUCAUUUUGCUCUCGGCCAACGGCAACGAAGACGGCGUCACGCUCGAGACGACGGGCGAAAUGCAGUGUGUCGUGCUCAGCGGCAAGCCCAUCAACGAGCCCAUCGAGCAGUACGGCCCGUUUGUCAUGACGACCCGUGCCGAGCUCCAAGCCACGAUCCAAGACUACAACUUUGGCCGCAACGGCUUUGAGAACGCGGCGGAUUGGAGCUCGUCGAUUGCCGAGCUCGCGUACAAGUAAGGCGGCUUCAAUUCCACAUUGCGUUCAUUUUAAUCGAUAUGCAAC